GAAUAUUUUCAAAGCCUGGUAAAUGACCUCAAGACUUCAAAGUCACUGCAUGUGGUUCAGUGAAGUCACUGAGAAAAUACAACUUAGUAAGAAAGGCUGACUUGAUUUGAAAAGAUAACAGUUUUUCUGUUCUUUCUUUCUGCAGGUUUUUUCAAUGCAUCGCCAUACCGCCAUGUGGUAAUCUUCUCAGCAUUACCCAAAAGUCAGUGAACAACACUUUGAGCGGCUGACCACAUCAACAGUCUUCCACCUGCACCAGCUGCUCACAUGGCCCACCCUUACGAGCCUUGGCUACGGACAGCAACACCUAGUGGCAGCUCAGAAGACAUGAACAUCCCCUCCUGGUGGGACCUCCACAGGGACGUCCAACCAGGGAGCUGGAUAGACCUGCAGACGGGCCAGGGUGUCGGCUUGCCUUCUGUGAGUCCUGGGAGCUCCAUGGGGUUGCAGUCCGCUAUGGGGCCCUACGGGUCCGACCCGCAGCUGUGCACCUUGUCUCCAGCUCAACACGCUCCAGCCUCGCACUCAUCUCACCUCUUCCCCCAGGAUGGCUUUAAGAUGGAGCCACUGGGCCCGGAAAUGAUGCAGCAAGAACCGUUCUCUUUGGAGGAACCACAGGAGAACGCCGUCUCAGCCCGCCCUAAGCCCCAGCGCCGCUCCUCUGCCAGAGGCGCCGGCCAGGCGGUGUGUCGCUGCCCUAACUGCGUCCAUGCUGAACAGAUGGGCCAGAGCACUGACGACAGCAGGAGGAAGCACAUGCACAACUGCCACAUCCCUGGCUGUGGCAAAGCAUACGCCAAGACCUCCCAUCUGAAGGCCCACCUACGAUGGCACAGCGGGGACCGGCCCUUUGUCUGUAACUGGCUGUUCUGCGGAAAGAGAUUCACACGCUCUGAUGAACUGCAGCGCCACCUGCAGACGCACACUGGCGCUAAGAAGUUCAGCUGUGCAUUAUGUCCUAGAGUGUUUAUGCGCAAUGACCACCUGGUCAAGCACAUGCGCACGCACGAGUCCCCGCCAGGACAUGGGGAGGAUAGGGUAAAUGGAGACGGGAGGAUGGAUAAGGGCUUUGAUGCACCUACACCUCCUCAGUCAUCCUCAAACGUGUCUGCGUCAGACACCACAGAGCCUCCGCUGAAGCUGAAAUGCGAGACAGACCCCUCAGUCUCCAGUGUGACAGGGCAGUCCGGCUAAUUUCAUAACUUUCAGAAGAAUUUAGCAGUUUAAGGUUUCCCUCUCUGUCACAGAGGUGCCAUAGAUUUAUGACAGAAUAGAGAAUAGAAAAAAGGUUUGGACAAACUUUUACUGAUGAAAGUUGGAUGGAACAGAAAGUGUUUGAAAGUCUGUGGUCCUGUGAAUUUAUAAAGUGGACUAACUCAGUGAUAAUCCAAACGUUAUAGCACACAUACAAAAAAAAACAGGAACUGUUUUACUGAUUCUACAGAUAAAACUUUCUUCUGUUUACUUCAAGUGAAGGGUGGCUACGGGGGCAACCAAGCUGAAGCUGCAGCUUGUUGCUGGACUUCCAUCGCUGCUAGAGCCACUAAUACCAGUAGAGCAAGAGACUAGGAUGAGAUCAACUGAAGGUGGCUUAUUAACUUGUUUACAAUGAAAUUUUUGUCUCCAACACAGUUUAAUUUACCAGUUUCAAAGGCAGCAUGCUUUUGAACGGAGAAAGGAGAGAGGGAUGUUUUGUUUUUGUUUCAGACUGUCGUUUACUGUGCAAAUUGUGAUAAGACACUGGAGUAUAAUACAGCAUUUUCUCAAUAUACAAAGAUCAGUAACCAUUUGGAUGGUUGACAGCUCAUACCACAAAACUGUGUGUGUGUGUGUGUGUAUGUGUGUGUGUGUCAGUAUGUAAGUCAUUAAAAUGGUGCAUAAACAAAGUUAAAAGUACAACAGACAGUAAUGCUGUGCUUGUGGCAGCAUGCUGUGAUGUUGAUGUAAUACUAAUAUAAUAUAAUAUAAUAUACUAUAAUAUACCAUACUAUAAUAUAAUAUGAUAUACAAAAUGGGAAUUCUAUGCACUAAAGGCUAGUAUACCAAAAAUGAUAUGUUUCUGUCGCCAACAUAGUCUUGAUGGCAAAACACUUAAUGAGAAAGAUCAUACAGUAGGAGAAUGUCGACACUGGUCCAGUUUAUCAUCUGGAACACGAAGAUGAAAAGUACCAUUAAGUGAUAAUUAUGUGAAAAAAGGUAAACUCACAAAUCACAACUAAUUGAGCCUGAAAACUAAAAAGUGGUCAGACCCGCUGAGGACAGUGACCUCCAGUCCUGACAGGGCAGGUAAGAACAAGAAGAUCAAGUUGGGCGUCAGGACCACCAAAGCCGGACAAGGAGAGAAAAAUGCUGCUGGGUCAAAUGAAACCAAGCUUCUGUUGCUAAAUGAUGGUGACUGUGAUCAUGUUUGGCAUGAACACUACUCCACAUGUCCGCCCAGUCAACACAACAGACUGCGGGUGCUGAACGAAACAGUUUCAGUCCCCUGAUUUGAAGCUGUGCUAGUCAAUAUUUUCAUAUUAACAAAGCAUCAAACGACUUAGUGGUGAACUCAGAGAGAAUUGUCACUCAACUCUGUCGCCCCCCUCUACGAAGUAUGUUAUAUUUAAGAGUAUUUGAGCUGUUUUCAGCAAAAAAUGUAGAACCCGCUGUAGCUCUGAUUGCCCAGCACCAAACGUCAGAAAGACAAAAUUAUCUAAUUGCUGGUGAACGUAGUGAAGCAUUUAGCAUCUAAAGAGCCUGAUAUUUUGCUCAAGGAAUCGGUGAAGACCAACCCAAGCUGAAAGGAGAGUGAAUGUCAGGUCUAUCAGGUGGCUAGAAACACAAACUUCAAAUUAAUGCCAACUUGGAUCUGUGUCUGCUGGAUGUGUAAUUAGGCAACUGUUCGCAAACAACUUAACUUUAUAUGAUGUUAAUAUGUUAUUUUCAUAUUUACAGCUUGAUCUGCUGCCCCCAAGUGGCCCAAAGAGAAUAAUAGCUACUGCUUUUCAUAUCAUGAAUGUGAAACAAUUCAUGCCUUAAAAGGUUCAGGUGUUGGUGGAAGCAGAAGGAUGUCCUACCAGUACUAUCCAGGUGGACCUCUAUUGGGUUUAUACAGCUCUUCCAAAUACCAUUAGCUUGAUAACCAUUUGCGUGUCGGACCAAGAUAUAGUCCAAGUCAAGAGCAAAGAAUGUGUGAAGGGCUUUUCUCUCAACACAUUAUAUUAACAGCUGGUGGUGUGUCUGUAGUUUAUCCAUGGUCACUGACGCUGGCGAAUCAUGUAACAAAACUCUGUCUUAGAAACAUGACAACCAUUUGACUCUGAAUUAGCAUGCAGAAAAAGACUGUGUUAGCAGUCCAAUAGAUUAAAAAAAAUGCAGUUGAACAAUACGAGAAUUUGUUCAGGUUACAUGUUUUGAAUAGAUAACUUUCAUAAUCAAUAUUAUGUGAUCAAUAGUUCUGUAGAGAGUGAGCAGCUUUUCAAUUGGAAACUAUUAGGAUGUAUGUAAUCAUCACAGACAUUAGGCUGAGAUUUCUAUAUUUUAGGGAGCUUGCAUUAUUGGAGGCUCAGAAUUGCUGUAUUUAUGUAUAGAAGAUAAGAAAUGGAAGAAAGUGCUUAAACAUUAGUCAAUUAUUGUGUAUUGACUAUUAUUAUUAUUAUUAUUUUGUGUUGAUGUUAUUAUUAUAGAUAGUCUUCUUUUAUGUUGGUCAGUAGAACAAGAUGAACAACUUUUUUUAAUUGGUUACUGUAGUAAAUGUUUUAGUUGACUGUAAUAAAAUAAGUUCUAAAAUAUUUAAUAAGUUGAGUAUCAUGGUGUAAUAACUUGUAUUUAAUCUAUAAGUGUCCUUUAUUAAAUAAAAAACGAUAUUAUGU